AUGUCGCUGGGGCGCCCCCUCAUCACCACCAACUGGAGCGGCCCCACAGCCUACAUCAACCACAAGGUAGCCUACCCGUUGGCCUUUGAGGGCCUGUCGAACGCCGCCGAAGACAUGAAUGCCACAGACCCAGACGCAUGGAACCCAUGGUUUGACGGCCAGCUCUGGGCAAAGCCCUCCGCGACCCACCUGCGCCAGCUCAUGCGCCAGGUCAUCACGCAUCCCGACGAGGCCGCGGCUCGCGGCCGUGCCGCGCGCCAGCACCUGCUGAACAAAUUCACGCCCGAGGUGCUGGCAAGGCGUGUGCGCGACGAGGUGCUGCGCGUGCAGGCCAAGCUGCUGGCAGGACUGGGGCUGUACGCUUCCAUUGAGCUGGCCAAGCAGGGUGGCACGGUCGUCAUUGCGGCCCGCAACCCUGCACGCCUGGCGGAGGCAGUGGAGCGCGUCAAGGCGGCCAGUGCAGAGGCCGGCGGGACUGCGGUUGGUAUUGAGCUCGACCUGUCCAGCCUGGCCAACGUGAAGUGCUUUGCAGAUGAUCUGCUUGCAAAGUACCCAGGGCAGAAGCUCCAGGGCUUGGUGCUCAACGCGGGAAUCAACACCCCCAAGUUUGCCUGGUCUAAGGACGGCAUUGAAUCCACGUGGGCCACGAACCACCUGGGUCACUUCUACCUCGCCCAGCUGCUCCUGCCCCACCUUGCACCAGACGGCCGCAUUGUGGUGACCAGCAGUGGCACUCACGACCCGGCCGUCAAGGCUCCCCUGCCUGAGCCCAAGUACAACUCAUUGGACGAGGUUGCCAUGAUCAAGUCUGACCUCAACGGCGUCCCCCCGGCGCAGUUCAACGGCCGGCUGGCGUACACGCGGUCCAAGCUCUGCAACAUCCUGUUCACGAACGAGCUCGCGCGCCGGCUGCAGCAGCAGGGCAGCGCCGUCACUGUCAACGCGUAUGACCCGGGCUUCUGUCCCGACACGGAGCUGUCACGUGAGAUGCCCUCUUUCCUGCUGCCAGUGUUCCGCACGCUGGUGCCCAUCCUCAUGUGGGUGACAGGCUCCCCGCAGCGGCCCAGUACGUCCCCUGUGUCUGGUGCCUUCAUGGGCCGCCUCGCCUACGACAAGGAGUUUGCCGGCGUCACAGGCAACAUCGACCACCUGGAGGCAUCCUCACCCGCAUCCAUGGAGGUGGCCAGGCAGGCCGAGCUGUGGGAGUACAGCGAGAAGCUGCUGGCAAAGCUGACGGCUGCCACAGGUGGACUGGCGCAGCCCACACCUGCGACAUGA